GCCACUGUGGCUUCUUGCAGAAAGAAUCUCUAAUCCUUUUGGUUUAACCAUUAGGCAAAUUUAGCUUCCUGGUUUCAGAAAGAGAAAACACACCCACAAAAAGAAAAACCCGGCCAGGCCCGUGGGAACAAGAAACUUCCUCCUCCUGGGGCUUCUCAAAAACCUAAUCUCCCUCCCAGGAGGCCAAGUCCCUUUCCUAGUCAGCGGGAGGCUGGCGAGGGAGGCAGGGCACUGGGGACUGGCCUGGGGACUGAACACAGGCUGGCCGGGGCGUCAGUCUCGGGGACUGGCUCCUCAGGCAAAGAAACUGCACAGAGGCAACUUUGUGAUUAAUUCUGCGUCCACCUGGGGAAGUAAGCAGCCUGAGUGGCUUUGUCUUGUGUCUCCACUCUUGGCAUCUGUGCCUCUUCUUCAGCUCAACAUGCCUUGAGGCUGAAAAGUAGGAGCCGUCAUUUUCUACUCACUUGGUGACAAAAAUCUCAGAAAAAAGGUCACUGCUAAUUGAAGAGAAAUACCUCUCAGGACAACGUAUCCAUCCUGCCGUGUACGUGAGUGCGGGUUGUCACUACAGGAAAUAUGGGAUGUAUAGAAUCAAAAAGGAAAGACAAUCUGAAUGACGAUGGAGUAGAUUUGAAGACUCAACCAGUACGUAAUACUGACCGAACUAUUUAUGUGAGAGAUCCAACGUCCAAUAAACAGCAAAGGCCAGUUCCAGAAUCUCAGCUCUUACCAGGACAGAGGUUUCAAACUAAAGAUCCAGAGGAGCACGGAGACAUUGUGGUGGCCUUGUACCCCUACGAUGGCAUCCAUCCAGACGACUUGUCAUUCAAGAAAGGAGAAAAGAUGAAAGUCCUGGAGGAGCAUGGAGAAUGGUGGAAAGCUAAGUCCCUUUCAACCAAGAGAGAAGGCUUCAUCCCCAGCAACUACGUGGCCAAAGUCAACACCUUGGAGACGGAAGAGUGGUUUUUCAAGGAUAUAACCAGGAAGGAUGCAGAAAGGCAGCUCCUGGCUCCAGGAAACAGUGCUGGGUCCUUUCUUAUCAGAGAAAGUGAAACGUUAAAAGGAAGCUUCUCUCUGUCUGUCAGAGACUAUGACCCGGUGCACGGUGAUGUCAUUAAGCACUACAAAAUCAGAAGUCUGGACAAUGGGGGUUAUUACAUCUCUCCACGGAUCACUUUUCCCUGUAUCAGCGACAUGAUUAAGCAUUACCAAAAGCAGUCAGAUGGCUUGUGCAGAAGGUUGGAGAAAGCAUGUAUUAGCCCCAAGCCACAGAAGCCAUGGGAUAAAGAUGCCUGGGAGAUCCCACGAGAGUCCAUCAAGUUGGUGAAAAGGCUCGGCGCUGGACAGUUUGGGGAAGUCUGGAUGGGUUACUAUAACAAUAGUACCAAGGUGGCUGUAAAAACCCUGAAACCAGGCACCAUGUCUGUGCAAGCCUUCCUUGAAGAAGCCAACCUCAUGAAGACCCUCCAGCACGACAAGCUUGUGAGACUCUAUGCUGUGGUCACCAGGGAGGAGCCCAUUUACAUCAUCACCGAGUAUAUGGCCAAAGGCAGUUUGCUGGAUUUCCUGAAGAGUGAUGAGGGUGGCAAAGUGCUGCUUCCAAAGCUCAUUGACUUUUCUGCUCAGAUUGCAGAAGGGAUGGCUUACAUUGAGCGGAAGAACUACAUCCACAGAGACCUGCGAGCAGCCAACGUCCUGGUCUCCGAGGCGCUCAUGUGCAAGAUUGCGGAUUUUGGCCUUGCUAGAAUAAUUGAGGAUAACGAGUACACAGCGAGGGAAGGUGCCAAGUUCCCUAUUAAGUGGACAGCUCCAGAAGCAAUCAACUUCGGAUGUUUUACUAUUAAGUCUGAUGUGUGGUCCUUUGGAAUUCUCCUGUAUGAAAUCGUCACCUAUGGGAAAAUUCCCUACCCAGGGAGGACUAAUGCUGACGUGAUGGCCGCCCUGGCCCAGGGCUACAGGAUGCCUCGCGUGGAGAACUGCCCAGAUGAGCUCUAUGAUAUUAUGAAAAUGUGCUGGAAAGAAAAGGCCGAAGAGAGACCCACAUUCGAUUACUUACAGAGUGUCCUGGAUGACUUCUACACUGCCACCGAAGGACAGUACCAGCAGCAGCCUUAGAGCACAGGGAGCCCUGUGACUAGGCCCAGGUGGCUGAGUCCCUCAGAGAGGAAGAGUAAUGAAUGACCACUGGUUGUGCUGGUUACCUCCAGCAUAGGGAUCACUGUGGUUCCUGAAGGAAAAGGCUGAAUUUCUCAGGAAGAACAUCCCAUAAAUGGGAAAGUAUUUUGUUCUCUUAGACUCAUGCCCUGGCGGAUGACGGCUUGGACUGGUCCUCAGUUAUAAUCCCACUUUGCUCGACCAAUGGCUGAAUACAACCUCCUGAGAAGAAAACACCUAUUCUCUCUAAAAAUGCACCCAGUUGGUCCUAUGUUUACAAUUGGACGCAUGACUCAAAGAUUCAGAGACCAUUGCAAUGAAUCCCUGAUAGUAGCAGAACUAAACCCGUUUAUGAAGCUGAAAAUAACCAGAGGCAUCACAUGACAUUCCUUUCCAUUUUCUCUAUGCUUUGGCUUACUUGUUAAAAAAAGAAAAAUUACUAACCACUACCCUAUUAGACUUUGCAGGUAAAGUCAGCCACUUUAAAAAUGUCUUUACCAGAGUUCUGUGGCUUAUUGUUUUUCCUACCUGAACCCCAGGCCCCUGAAAUCUGAGGCUGUUAAACAUUCUCCUUCCUUGAACACCUCUCAGGUCUGCCAGACAUGCAGCAGCAUGCCCCUCUCCUGUCCAGCAGGAGUGUCAUUUGGGGGCCUGCACAACUGCCACAAUGUGGACAACGAGGUGCAAUGUGGACCUCUGACCUCACAGGGCUCGCCCACACCUCCAGGAGAGGAGCCUCAGGAGUAUUAUUUUUAAUGGUCCAACUCUUCCCUUUCCACCAGUUCUUAGAUACAGACUUUUUUGACAAUGUAGUUCGGAAGAACAUUAGGAUUCUAAUCUCUGCAGAACCUCAGAGGGCUUUUUAAAACAUGAGAAUUUCCCUUAUUGCUUCAAAAUAUUUGAAUGUGAUUUUCAGGAUCAAAUAUUAAUUUUAGUUGUGCUCUAGAAAGAAAGAAAUGCCAUAUUUGGGGCUAUUUUUGUGAUUCAGCAAUCUUUUCUAAAUUGUGUACGAUGUGUGUGAGACUAUUUAUACUCAAGGAUGUGAGGGAAAACGUGACUACAGAGGCUCUCAGCAGCCACAUGGCAGGAAGUUGAAGAGAUUUUGUUUACUAAAUUUUUCUAUUGUAAGCUUUGAAUCUGCUAUAUCAGAUUGUUUCACUUACACUGUCCUGUAUAUACCUAAUAUUUCUAUUUUUUGGAUUUUAUUUUAAUACACCUGGCCCAAAUAACAUCUCAAACUUUUGA